UCUAGAACCUCUCUAUCUUCUUCCUCAGUCAGUCCCUCCUCUACCUCUGCAACACCCAUCUUCAAGUCACUUUUUAUCUUCAACAAGCGUCAUGGGCAAGAUCAAGAUCGGGAUCAAUGGGUUUGGAAGAAUCGGUCGAUUGGUGGCCAGAGUAGCUUUGCAGAGGGAUGAUGUUGAACUUGUUGCCGUUAACGAUCCCUUUAUCUCUGUGGACUACAUGACAUAUAUGUUUAAGUACGACAGUGUUCAUGGUCAUUGGAAGCAUCAUGAGCUUAAAGUGAAGGACGACAAAACCCUUCUUUUCGGUGAGAAGCCUGUGGCUGUUUUCGGUUCCAGGAACCCUGAAGAGAUCCCAUGGGCCCAAACCGGAGCCGAGUACGUCGUGGAAUCCACCGGAGUUUUUACCGACAAGGAUAAGGCUGCUGCUCAUCUGAAGGGUGGUGCUAAAAAGGUGAUCAUUUCGGCUCCCAGUAAGGAUGCACCCAUGUUCGUCGUUGGUGUGAACGAGAAGGAAUAUAAGAAGGACCUGCACAUCGUUUCGAAUGCUAGUUGCACCACCAACUGCCUUGCCCCCCUUGCUAAGGUUAUAAAUGAUCGUUUUGGUAUUGUUGAGGGUCUUAUGACCACCGUGCACUCUAUUACCGCUACACAAAAGACUGUUGAUGGACCAUCAGCCAAGGACUGGAGAGGUGGAAGAGCUGCUUCAUUCAACAUCAUUCCUAGUAGCACUGGUGCAGCUAAGGCUGUAGGAAAGGUGCUCCCUCCGUUGAACGGGAAGUUGACGGGGAUGUCCUUCCGUGUCCCAACUGUGGAUGUAUCCGUUGUCGAUCUGACUGUCAGACUGGAAAAGUCUGCGACCUACGAUCAAAUCAAAGCCGCCAUCAAGGAGGAAUCAGAAGGAAAGCUGAAAGGGAUCUUGGGUUACACCGAUGAAGAUCUGGUGUCCACAGACUUUGUGGGAGACAGCAGGUCGAGCAUAUUUGAUGCAAAGGCAGGAAUCGCGUUGAAUGACAACUUUGUGAAGCUGGUUGCGUGGUAUGACAACGAGUGGGGUUACAGCUCCCGUGUGGUCGAUCUGAUUGUUCACAUGGCGUCUGUGGAGUAAAUUUUGGGAGAAAAAUGGUGGUGAAGAAUAGGAAGUGUAAUAAAGUGGUGGGUAGUGUAGAAGCUACUACCUUUUGGCUGUGUGUAUUGUUGGUUGGUGUUGUGUUGUUAUUAGAACCUUGCUCUGCUAUGCUGCAUUGUAAUUCUAUACUUCAUUUUGAGGUAAUAUUCUAUCCUUCCGUUGCUUUUUUGCU